GUUCUGAACGCUCUAAUAUAGUGUUUGUUAAAUAAAUCACUUCAGUCACCAAACACAGCGACCCUUGCCAACUAACAUUCUACUCCUACUAUGUUCCUUUUUUUUUCCCACCUUCCAUUCUUCACUUGAGGACUUUCUCUCUAGGGCUCAGUAUUUAAGAUUAAGAGCCACGACUAAACCUACAUAUCUCCCAUAGCUUCUUCUUACUGACAACUAAAGUCCUAAAUUCUCUCUAUAUCUUUCUGUUCAGCAUAAAAUAUGGCUUCCUUGGAUCACUCUACUUCUACUGAUACCGAUGAUUCUACUACUACUACUUUGGACUCUAAAGAUAACAAUAAAGAGACUGAGCUACAAUUCUCAUAUGAUGAAGAGACACUAGUUAUAAGAAUGUUUAAUCUUGUUGGUGAGAGAUGGUCUCUAAUUGCUGGUAGAAUCCCUGGAAGAACAGCUGAGGAAAUUGAGAAAUACUGGAAUUCAAGAUACUCCACAAGCGAAUGAUAUAUCUUUAAGAUAUUUAUAAAAAAAAGAAAAGAAAAAAGUGUUUUAUUGUGAUCAAUAAAAAUUGGAUGUCAUUCGGAACUUUGGAGUUAGAUAUGGUUUUUAUUUAUUUAUUAUUAUUAUAAACGUCUUGUAACAUAUAUAUUAAACGCAAUAUUUAACGCGUC